GGAAAGAUUAAACCAGAGAAAAGUAAAGUUGGCUCAUAAGCCUUGAACGGGAAACCCUAACCUAACCUAAUCUAAUCUUAAGCCCAGUUCUUCAGAUUCAUACCCAUCUGAUCAGUCUAUGAAAUUCUCACUAUAAAUGAGGUUUUCUCUAGUUUUCACACCCUUCUGGAUCUUCAAAUGUGUUUCUUCUGCAGCCUUUCCUCUCGCACCCAAACAGUCCCGCUUCUCACUCAUCUUUUCUGGUGGUUGAAUUAAUUGGACUCCACACAUAAUAGAUUUAGCCUCCUGCAUAGGGAUCUCGUUGACAAAACAUUAAUUCCUCAAAGAGACCUAGGGUUAGAGAUAUGAAGAAGUCGUCGUCGUAUAAGGUAGCGGAUGCCUCUGAUUGCUGCAUCGGAAGUAUUGUCUGGGUUCGCCGACGAAAUGGUUCUUGGUGGCCUGGGAAGAUACUUGGAUCUGAUGGACUUUCGGCAUCUCAUCUUAUGUCUCCUCGAUCGGGAACUCCCGUCAAGCUUCUCGGAAGAGAGGAUGCAAGUGUUGAUUGGUAUAACUUAGAGAAGUCCAAGCGUGUGAAGGCAUUCCGAUGUGGAGAAUUUGAUGAUUGCAUUCAAAAAGUUGAAGCUUCUUUGGGAUUGCCUCCUAAGAAGAGAGAGAAAUAUGCGCGUCGUGAAGAUGCUAUUCUUCAUGCUCUUGAGCUUGAGAAGGAAAUGAUAGAGAAGAAAUAUGUAAACAUGGAACCUCUUUGUAUUGAAACUGGGUGUGAAAUAUCUGAUGACGAGAAGAAAAAAUCAAUACUUCCUUCUGAAAAACAUUUACGUAGUAGGUCUGGUUCUGAAAAACAAGAUUUAACUGCUGAAGAACCUCUUGAUGUUAAAAAAGCCGCAUUGGGGGAUCGAAUUGACAGUAAAGACGAAGUAACACCUCGCACGAGAAACCGUCUGGCCUUAGGUUUCCGAACUAACCCUACUAAGAGAAAGUUAGCUUCCUGUUUUGUAGCAGAUGGGUCUCAGAAAAUUGAAGCUGAUGACAGAAAUAAAUGUGUUGAUCGAGGAAAAAAGUCGUUGAGGAGACGGGAUAGGUGUCUUUCUCCUGUUCCAGAAAGGAAGAAGACAAGCAGGGAGGCUGCCUCAAUUUCCGCUGAAGAUGACACUGAAACAGAUACAGUUGGGACUAAGUCUCUGGGUUUGGAAACUGAUGAAGAUAGUGCAAGACUUUCAGAUGAUGUACUGGAUCCAAUAUCUUCAAGAUCAUCAGACAUACAAUGGCAGCACAGAAGCACGAACAACAACAACAACAAUGAGCAUGCUGAUUUGGCAUCUGGUGGUGAUGAAACGUCGAUUUUAACCCCAGGUUGUAUAGGAAUGUCAAAAUGGAAACUUAAGGGUAAAAGAAACAGUCGAGCAAGAGGUGGUAAUAACCUCUCAAAAGUUUCCUUUCCUAGAAUUGGAGGAGAAAGCUUCGGUCCUGAGGAGUCUGACUCGCAUAAAUACAACAGACUGCAAUCUGUAACUGCCAAAACAAUGUUAAUAGAUGAUGAUACUGAACAAGAUGGCGGCAACCAUGACGAUGAUACAAAUGAUUGGGAGGAAUCGAAUUGGAAUCAGUUUCUUCCAAGUUAUGGUGAUGGGGAAUACUACUUGGAAGAUCAUCAUCGUCAUCAACAUCCAAGCAGCAGCAGUUACUUACUGGAUAUUGAUCUUAAGGUUGUCCAAGCAGCAAAAAGCAGCAGUUACCAGAGACAGCACGUGCCAUUGAUAUCAUUACUGAGCAAGUUAAAUGGUCAUGCAAUAAUAGGCCAUCCUAUUGUUGUCGAGCCUCUGGAAAAUGGUUCGUCAGAAUUACUUGAGGAAAUGAAUAACUUCACUGUUCCUCCACCUCCUCCUCCUCCUCGGCCACGUCCAACAAAGAAGUUAUCGAGAAAGGUUCAGAAGAAAAUGAGAUUAUCAUCGUCGUCGUUGUCUUCUAGCCAAAAGAUAAAAACUCUGUCUUCCAUCGGUGUAGGACUGAAGCGCGAAGAAGAAGAAGGAUUGAUGAAAGGGGUUGGAGGGUUGACAGGCGUGGCUUGUAUUCCUGUAAAGCUGGUGUUCAGCCGGUUACAUGAGGAGUUGGUUGGUUAAAACUAAUAAACACUACUACUAGAAAGUGAAUAUUGUAUGUAAUCUAUGUAUAUUAUAUUACUGCGGCUGGCAUUCGUGUUUUGAAGUGAUGCUGUCAUAAGUAAUAAGUGUUAUUAUACAUAUGCAGAAUGG